AGAGAAGAAACUAGACAAGCAUCAGAAGUUGUCAGCAGAAGUUUAGGUCAUCAUUAUUAGGGCGAGUAAUAAUACCUGAAACUAGAGCAUUAAUUACCAAGUUCCACCUUUCAGAGGUACCAAGGAGCUCCGGACAAUAGAGGCCAGCAGGUGGGAUGUAUCAUAAUCACCCGAAUCACGCAAAGAACAUCCAUUCUUCUUCUUCCAGAAUGCCAAUCCCUUCCGAGAGGCAUUUGUUCCUUCAAAGUGGAAAUGGGUCUGGAGAUUCUGGACUUGUACUUUCAACUGAUCCUAAACCCAGGUUGAAAUGGACGCCAGAUCUCCAUGCCCGAUUUAUUGAAGCAGUCAACCAGCUUGGCGGAGCUGAAAAAGCAACUCCAAAAACAGUAAUGAAACUCAUGGGGAUUCCGGGGCUUACUUUAUAUCAUCUUAAGAGCCAUCUUCAGAAGUACAGACUGAGCAAGAAUCUUCAUGGUCAAAGUAGCAAUGUAACACACAAAAUCGCACCUAGUGCAAGUGCCGUCAGCGGAGAAAGACUUUCUGAAGCAAAUGGAACACACGAUCAUAUGAGCAAUCUAACGCUAGGGCCGCAGGCAAACAAAGAUUUACAUAUAAGCGAAGCGUUGCAGAUGCAGAUUGAGGUGCAGAGAAGGCUAAAUGAACAACUUGAGGUACAGAGACACUUGCAGCUCCGAAUAGAGGCUCAAGGGAAAUACCUGCAGGCUGUGCUUGAAAAGGCUCAGGAGACGCUUGGCAGACAGAAUUUAGGAAUAGUGGGUCUUGAAGCUGCGAAAGUUCAACUCUCAGAACUGGUGUCCAAAGUAUCAUCUCGAUGUCUGAGUUCUGCUUUCUCAGAGCUGAAGGAAUUAAAUGCAUUUUGCCCCCAGAUAAACACGCGAACCAACCAACCCACUGCCUGCUCAAUGGACAGCAGCCUCACAUCCUGCGAGGGGUCUCAAAGGGAGCAAGAGAUGCCAAAUGUUGGUAUGUGCUUGACGAGACCUUUUAAGGGCCACACCUUCAUGGAACCAAAAGACGCCGCUGAGGCGAAAAGGAAUAAUAAUUUUCUUAACCCUUUGGGCAAGAAUGUAUCAGAAAGAAGUACUGGCAACUUAACAAUGAGCAUUAGGGUUGAAGGAGAAACAAGGAAUGGCAGCAGCAUCUAUGAUGAGAGAAUCAUAAUGGGGAGAGAACCAGAUAGUGAGCUCCAGCACCGAAGCACCAAUAAUAGAACAGAAGGGAUGAAAUUAGCAGUGGACGAAAAAGUUUCCGGAGAUUAUAGAUUGCCGUACUUUGCUGCGCCAAGACUAGACCUUAACACCCACCAAGAAAACGAUGGUGCAGCGAGCAGUAAGCAACUGGACCUGAAUGGAUUUAGUUGGAACUGAUCAGCCUUGCGAUUCGACAUGCAUGGAGCAUGCAGCAGAAGAAGCGUAUGCAGAAAACAAUUGUGCAGAAAAUUUUGGAUUGUGUGUAUUAUUACAAUAUCAGUUUCUGUCUCUCUCUCUCAGCACAAUUGGCUAUAGAUGAGUAAAUUAUUUAAGAAAAAUGAAAUAAGUUGAAACAACCGCUCCAGCGAAAUUGCAGAUGUGACCAAGCCUGGUCGAAGUUCAAGACGUAGACAAGUAUGAAUAUUUGAUAUCCAUGUAACAUGCAUUUGCUCUUGAAUCGGAAUGACAUCAAUAAAACAAUAAUAUUCAAGAAUUGCCACAAA